CGUUCACUAUUGGAUGCCAAUUGAUAACGCUAGCAAUAAUCCGCCACACUGAUUGGUUGACUAAGGUCAUUAAUGAUCUUGUGGGGAAGUCGCUCAAUGAAGGGCGUUUGACAGCUACACGAGUAUUUAUUGACAGUGAGGUUAUUAUCUGGAAAACGUGGGAGAAACAUCCAAACGUUUAUCACUUAUUGCCUACCUUAUUUCAUCACUGGUGAAAACGGAACGUAAAUUGAUGGUCUCAUUCUGCGAGAGUUUUUGUAGUCCAUCUUUACUUCACUACCUUGUAGUCAACUUUUCAUUGGAUAUUAUAAAACCUUGGGAAGCUGUUCAUUAACCACAGAAGCUAGGAUAUCUUUCACUUAAUAGUUUUUGAGAUGCCACAGCACCUGAAAGCAGACAUUUCCUUUCCAUCCAAGCAGGAGCUUCUUUGCUUCAAAGAAAGUGUCAGUGGAUAUGAUUUGGACAGCAGUAGCCCAGUAGAGCAGACUGUUGUACCAUUGUACAAGAGUGAAUUCCAUUCAGAUCCUGACAGUUCUCCAGACUCAUGUAGUGAACCUCUUUACCAUGAGACAUCUACUAAGAAGAACAUUUAUGACAAGGAUGACACCUGUGAGAUUAAGUUUAUACAAUGUGGAAGGGAAAAUCUGUGUGGAUGGGGGGCCAUCAAGCCAUCUUUCCUGCAGAUAUUUAACACGCCCAAAGGUGUAUUAUUCUUUCUAUGUGUGGCUUCUUUCCUGCAAGGGAUGAUAGUAAACGGUUUCAUCAACACAGUGAUCACUUCAAUAGAAAGAAGAUUUGACCUUAAGAGCUACCACAGUGGACUGAUAGCAAGCUCUUAUGAUAUUGCAGCUUGUGUAUGUUUGACAUUUGUUAGUUACUUUGGGGGGAGUGGCCACAAGCCACGUUGGUUAGGUUGGGGAGUUUUAAUUAUGGGCAUUGGCUCUAUUGUUUUUGCAAUGCCACAUUUCACCACUGAUGUGUAUGAAGUUAGCUUAUCAGAAGAUACAGGAAUUUGUCGUUCCAACCAGACUCAUCAAUCAACAGAAGGUGCCUCAAGUCUCUCCAUUUAUAGAUACGUCUUCAUGUUAGGCCAGUUUCUUCAUGGAAUUGGAGCCACUCCACUCUACACCCUUGGAGUAACAUACUUAGAUGAAAAUGUCAAAUUGAGCUAUUCACCUGUGUAUAUUGGUAUCUUUUAUACAGCUGCAAUAAUUGGGCCUGCAGUGGGGUACUUGCUUGGAGGAUUUUUUCUAAAUAUUUACACAGAUUUUAACAGCUCAACUGACCUCACACCUGAAGCACCGCUUUGGGUUGGAGCUUGGUGGAUUGGCUUUCUUGGUGCUGGAGCUGCUGCUUUUCUUAUCUCCUUCCCAAUACUGGGAUAUCCACAACAACUGCCUGGGUCACAGCGAUAUGUAGUGAUGAGAGUGUCUGAAGCCCAUCAGGUAAAAGGUGGAAACCAAAAAACAGAUCCUAACUUUGGAAAGACCAUCAAAGACUUGCCAAAGGUGGAUUUAGUAGUAUCUGAUGCAAGCUGGAUUGCUUGGUAUAGCCUAGAGAUGGUGUUCUUGGGCCUGGAUGAGGUGCUACAUAUGUUCUCUAGUACAGAGGAUACGUUUUUAGAUAUGGAUGAAUUCAGCAUUGAGACUGCUGAAAAGCGGCCAUUUUCCAACCCACGUGGAGAUAUGGAAGACCGACUGGGUUAUAAGAACAUAUUAUUGGAUCUAUUAUCCACCAAACUUUUGGAGGUUGAACAUGAAAAACACCCUGACAAGCAUAUUAAAAUGACUUCGAAGAGGCUGAAUAAAACAGAAAAAAUGGGUGGAGGGAAAAACACUCCAGUUACCUCUUACUUCAAACAAACGCAAAGUGAUAACCUGGCUGAGCAAAACCCUGAAAUCAGAACACCUAUUGAAGUCACACCAAUGGAGCCUCACACUACAGAUGAAGAUACACCUUUGACCAGAGCAGAUCUACAUCUCCUGGUAUCCAAACAAGAUAUCACAAGCAGCUUCGACAAGCUGUGGGCAAAAAUGGAUGCCAUGCACACCUCUAUGAACGAGAGCCUAAAUUAUAUUAAAAAAGACAUAUCAGACUUGGGAGCGAGGGUUGAAUCUCUGGAGGAAAACAAUGACAACAUUAUAGAAGAUGUAGAGACGGCGGUACAACAGACAGCCCAACAACAGCAGGUAGUAAACGAACUGCUGGACAAGUUGGAAGACAUGGAGAAUAGGAGCAGAAGAUGUAACAUUCGCCUCAAGGGAAUCCCGGAAUCUAUAACACCUACAGAUCUACCCUCAUACCUCCAUCAACUGUUCUGUGCGAUAACAGGAGUGAACACCUCCACAGUAAUUGAAAUAGAAAGAGCCCACAGAGCACUCAAGCCUAAGCCCAAAGCUGACUUUCCACCAAGAGAUGUCAUUGUGGCCUUCCUAAGGUUUCCUGAAAAAGAUAAAAUACUCAGAGAUGCAGCAAAACAACCCACCUUCAAAUUUAGAGGUAACGUGGUGCACUUUUUUCAGGAUCUCAGCAAUAGAACACUACAAAGAAGGGGAGCCUUAAGACCUCUCACAACCCUCUUAAGAAAGCACCAGAUCCAAUACAGAUGGGGAUACCCUUUUGCCCUUCAUAUAUCAAAAGACAAUAAAUUGUUGACAAUCAGAGAUGCAGAGGGGAUCCCAGAUAUUUGUGAUGCUUUAGGUCUAGACAUACCCCCCACGCCAGGUCCUUCACCGUCCACGGAGACACCGAAACCACAGAGGAUACCCAUGAAGUCACAAAGAUCACAUGUUCUGCUUGAAGGAACUUUUAACCUAUCAGCAUCAUGUAAUGCUGACUGCAGAUGUUUGGAAGAGAUAUUCAACCCAGUAUGUGGAGCGGAUAAUGUUAUGUAUUACUCUGCCUGCUAUGCUGGCUGCUCACACAUGUAUAUAGACCUCGGAGAUGGAAGAAAGGUUUAUGAAAACUGCAGCUGUAUUGCACGGAAUGAUUCAUCUUCAGGAGGAUACGCUGUAGCAGGCAAAUGUUCCUCUUCCUGUUACAAAAUGCCGACCAUUUUGCUUUUAAUAUUUUCAGAGAUUUUCUUUACCUUCCUGUGCAGUGUUCCAGCUAUAACAGCCACAUUAAGGUGUGUGUCUGAUAGUCAGCGUUCCUUUGCGCUAGGCAUCCAGUGGAUAGUGGUACGCACCUUAGGGGCAAUCCCUGGGCCUAUUGCCUUUGGCUCCAUGAUAGACAUCUCAUGUUUGCUGUGGCAAAACCAAAGCACAGAGAAAGGAUCCUGUUAUGUUUAUCAAAACUCAGAUAUGAGCAGAUACACACUACUUGCCGGACUAGUUUAUAAGGCUCUGGGAUCUUUAUUUUUUCUAAUUGCCUUGAUGAUUUAUAAUCCUCCUAAAUGCUCCUCGCCAGAUAAUUUGGAAAGAUCCUCCAGCAUUAUCGCCACAGAUUCAAGAAAAACUACAGAAGAAAAUAAUUUAGUAAUUACCUCAUCAAAAAUAACUUCUUGACACUUGGUUUGACUCCAUUUUCUCAGUACUCUUCUUUUCUCAAAUUUCUGCACAGCUGCACCAUUUUUCUAUGGAAAUAGAUCUGCAUUCAGUGCAGAAAGUAAAGGGCUAUUCACCACUGCAUCCAAUCAUAGAGGGAGUCAUGCAAUCAAGAUGCUUUAUUUCAAUCCUGAUAUUCUAUUUAUCAAGGACAGAGAAAUGCAGCACAGUUGUAACACUUUCUUGCACAAUUUUGUAACGCCUGAACUUUACAAUACUGGAAACAAAUCUAAACUGGUGCCAAUUUUAUGUUCCUAAUGUCGCAGCAGGUUGUUCUCUCUCCAGACAUACUGUACAUAACAUUAUGUUAUAGUAAUCUAUACAAUCAGUAGGUAAUACCAGAUAACCACUGUCGGGUCAUAACUAAUCUUUAAAACUGGAUUGUCGUAUGUUAAAGAAUGUAAUCUAAGUUAUAAAAAUUCUAUUAUUCUCAAAAUAUUA